GCCCUCCCUACUUCCUUCCGUGGCCGGUGUAGCCAUGGCGGCCAUGAGCCUGCUGCAGCGGGCUUCGGUCUCCGCGCUGACAGCGCUGACUUGCCGCCGCGCUGGCCCUGGACUCGGAGUCGGGAGUUUUCUCACGCGGAGCUUUCCGAAGACUGUCGCUCCUGUGCGGCACAGUGGGGACCAUGGCAAGAGACUGUUUGUCGUCAAGCCUUCUUUAUACUAUGACGCUCGCUUCUUGAGGUUGAUGAGAUUCUACCUUAUGUUGACUGGGAUCCCAGUUAUAAUUGGCAUAACACUGGUGAACAUAUUUAUUGGUGAAGCUGAGCUUGCAGAAAUCCCAGAAGGCUACAUCCCUGAACACUGGGAGUAUUACAAGCAUCCGAUAUCAAGAUGGAUCGCCCGGAAUUUCUAUGAUGGCCCUGAAAAGAACUACGAGAAAACCCUGGCUAUCCUCCAGAUUGAAUCUGAAAAGGCUGAGUUACGGUUAAAGGAGCAGGAAGUUCGAAGGCUGAUGCGUGCCCGAGGUGAUGGACCCUGGUAUCAAUUUCCAACCCCUGAAAAGGAGUUCAUUGAUCAUUCUCCAAAGGCAACUCCUGACAACUGAUGAUUCAUUCGUCUGUCCAAGAACAGUGUGUCCCUCUAGUGGGAAGAAAUGAAUAAAUACUCUGUAUUUUUGCUCUGAUGUACACAA